AUGACUACUGAUGACUGUUCAACUGAAACAACGGUAAAAAUCAUUACACCAAUCAAAAGUAGCAUAUCUACGUUGACAACAAAAGUGACAUCUGAAUCAGCUGGAGAAGACACUUCCCCAUCAACUGUCAUAGAUUUGACAACUAAUUCUCCAUUCGCAAGCGACAUAUCUACAUUAACAUCAAAAGGGACUUAUACAUCAACUGGGGUAGACGAUUCACCACCAACUGAAACACAGUUGACAACAACCACAAGCAACAUAUCUACAUUAACAAUAGAAGUUUCAUCUGAAGUAGACAAUUCAUCAUCACCUGAAAAAUCUACAUUGAUAUCAAAAAUGACACCUGAAACGAUUGGAGAAGACAGUUCCCAUUUAUCUGUCACACAGUUGACGACAGAUGCAUCAAACACAAGCGACAGAUCAGUAUUAUCACCAAAAGUGACAUCCGCCUCAACUGAAGAAGACGACUCAUCAUCAACUAACACAAAGUUGACAACAAGUACACCAACCACAAGAGACAUAUCUACAUUGACAUCAAUAGUGACAUCUGCAUCAACUGAAGUAGACGAUUCACCAUCAACUCACACAACGUUUACAACAAAUACACCCACCACAAUUGACAUCUUUACAUUAAUACAAAUAGUGACACCUGCAUCAACUGAAGUAGACGAUUCAUCAUCAACUAACAUAAAUGUGACAACAAAUACACCAACUACAAGCGACAUAUCUACAUUAACAUCAAAAGUGACAUCUGCAUCAACUGAAGUAGAAGAUUCACCAUCAACUCACACAAUGUUAACAACAAAUUCACCAACCACAAGCGACAUAUCCACAUUGACAUCAGCAUCGACUGAAGUAGACGGUUCACCAUCAAAUAACACACAUUUGACAGCAAAUACACCAACCGCAAGCGACAUUUCAACAUUGACAUCAAUAGUGACAUCUGUAACUAAUAAAAAGUUGACAACAAAUACACCAGCCACAAGCGACAUAUCUACAUUUACACCAACAGUGACAUCUGCAUCAAUUGAAGUAGACGAUUCAUCAUCAACUCACACAACGUUUACAACAAAUACACCAACCACAAACGACAUAUCUACAUUAAAAUCAAUAGUGACAUCUGCAUCAACUGAAGUAGACGAUUCACCACCAACUCACACAACGUUUAAAACUAAUACACCAACCACAAUCGACAUAUCUACAUUUACACCAAAAGUGACAUCUGCAUCAACUGAAGUAGAUGAUUCACCAUCAACUAGCACAAAGUUGACAACAAAUACACCCACCACAAUUGACAUACCUACAUUGAAACCAAUAGUGGCAUCUGCAUCAACUGAAGUAAACAAAUCACCAUCAACUAGCACAAAGUUGACAACAAAUACACCCAUCACAAGCAACAUAUCUACAUUGACAUCAAAAGUGACAUCUGCAUCAACUGAAGUAGAUGAUUCAUCAUCAACUCACACAAUGUUUACAACAAAUACACCAACCACAAGCGACAUAUCUACAUUGACAUCGAAAGUGACAUCUGCAUCAACUGAAGUAGACGAUUCACCAUCAACUCACACAAUGUUUACAACAAAUACACCCACCACAAGCGACAUAUCUACAUUGACAUCAAAAGUGACAUCUGCAUCAACUGAAGUAGACGAUUCACCACCAACUCACACAACGUUUAAAACAAAUACACCAACCACAAGCGACAUAUCUACAUUAAAACCAAUAGUGACAUCUACAUCAACUGGAGUAAACGAAUCACCAACAACUAACACAAAGUUGACAACAAAUACACCCAUCACAAGCGACAUAUCUACAUUGACAUCAAAAGUGACAUCUGCAUCAACUGAAGUAGACGAUUCACCAUCAACUUACACAAUGUUUACAACAAAUUCACCAACCACAAGCGACAUAUCCACAUUGACAUCAAAAGUGACAUCUGCAUCAACUGAAGUAAACGAAUCACCAUCAACUUACACAAAGUUGACAACAAAUACACCCACCACAAGCGACAUAUCUUCAUUGACAUCAAAAGUGACAUCUGCAUCAACUGAAGUAGACGAUCCAUCAUCAACUAACACAAUGUUUACAACAAAUUCACCAACCAUGAGCGACAUAUCCACAUUGACAUCAGCAUCAACUGAAGUAGACGAUUCACCAUCAAUUAACACAAAAUUGACAUUGAAUACACCAACCACAAGCGACAUAUCCACAUUAACAUCAAAAGUGACAUCUGCAUCAACUGAAGUAGACGAUUCACCAUCAACUAGCAUAAAGUUGACAUUAAAUACACCAACCCCAAGCGACAUAUCUACAUUAACAUCAAAAGUGACAUCUGCAUCAACUGAAGUAGACGAUUCACCAUCAACUAGGACAAAGUUGACAACAAAUACACCAACCACAAGCGACAUAUCUACAACUAUAUCACAUACCUUAUCAUCAACGAAGACAACUAAUGUACCCGCAACAAGCCAUUUAUCAAGACCAACAACAACAAAAACAAUGAAAACAUUUAUAGCAACUUUUUCACCAUCAACUGACACAAUAUCGACAACUAAAACACCAAUCAAAAGUAACCUAUCCACAUUGAUAUCAACAGUGAUAACUGAAUCAACUGCAGCAUAUACUUCAUUAACAAGUGACACAACAAUUCAUACAGCAGCAACCACAGAUGUAUCAACGCCAACAACAGAACUGAGAACUAAAUCAACUAUAUCAGCUACUUCAUCCUUAACUGAUACAGUUAAUGCACCCACAACAAGCGACAUACCAUCAUCAAUAACAAAAGAAACAAGUGAAGUAACUAUGGAAGCUAACUCAGCAUCAACUGGCAUAAUUCGGCCGGUGACAACUAAUAACCCCACAACAAGCAACAUAUUGACAUUAAAUACAGAAAUAGCAACGGAGGCAAAUAUGACCGCUAACUCAAAAUUACCCGUGACAUAUAAAACACACACACUAAGCGACAUAUUGACUUCGAAAACAGAACCGACAACCAAAGUAACUGUAACCCCUAACUCGCCGUCAUCUGAGACAAUCGUAACAACUAGUACACCAACAAAAAACAACCUAUCAACACCAACAAUAAAAAUGGCAUCUGAAGCAACUUUAUCAGCCUACUACCGAUCAACUGACAGAACGGUGACAGUUAUUACACCAGCCACAAACAACAUAUCUAAAAUGAAAUUUCAAACGACAACUGCGUCAACGGUCGGAACAUUUUUAACUUCUACUACCACAUCAUUGACAAAUAAAAUACCAACUACAAGCAGCGUAUAUACAAUAACGUCAGACGUGACAACUGAUUCAGAUGUAGCCUCUAACUCACCAUCAUCUACCUUCAUACAGGAAUUGACUGUUGAUGCAACAGUAGAGAAUAUCAACUGCAUGUGCCCUUGUGCAAAUGUUUUGCCCUUUGAUAUCACUCUCUGGAAGGAAGAAGAACUAGUUAAUAGACUGAAAUUGUUAAAGAGUAUAAUUGCUGUAGACAAGAAAGAGACCAACAUGUACAAAGGAACUAAAAAGUCUGCAUAUGAUCCCCGGAAAUCUUCAAGAAAUAUUGGCUUAUUUGGUGUCAUUGUAUUGGAAGGAUUCCAGUGUUAUUGUAGCAACAAUUCCGCUAACUCACAAAAGUUUGUACAACAAAAUGAGGAGUCCUGUGAUAUGCCUUGUGAUGGAUAUAAAUUUGAAAAGUGUGGAGGCGUAUGGAGUUUGAAAUGUUCUGAUACAACUAAGGCAAUUUAUCCAAUUGAUGACAAUAAAAUAUAUACAGAGACCCCAUAUGUACAAUCAGAUGCAGAUCUAACAACUCAUCCAGAAAAUUCAGGAAGUACACCAUCAGUAAUUCCUGAAAUAACAACUGAUUCAUUGACCAGUUACAAUGAAUACACGAACAAUCCCGUGAGAAAAUCUACGUCAUCCAUAUCAACUUUUUCAUCGACCACAACCGACAUCAAAACGACAACAUAUCUAAGUACAAACACAAUAUUCACGGUGUCCCAAGGUGUACAAACAGAUACAACACUAACAACGUAUCAAGAAAACGCAGAUAGUACACCAUCAGGAACCCCUGAAAAACCAGUAAUGAUAUUUACGUCGACAUAUUCUGAAUCAACUCUUUCACCAACCAAUGUCGACAUAACAUCAAAAGAUGAGGAAAAUACACCUUACUGCUCUUGGAAAAUUUAUACUGGAUGUUUUAUGGACCAACCAGAUAGAACUUUACCAUACGGCAAGGCAGAUUAUAAAGGACAAUUGACCAACGAUUUAUGUCUUUCACAUUGUUGUUCAGUUCUGGAUGACGCUACAUUCAUGGGAACAGAGGCAGGAUUUCAGUGUUAUUGUAGCAAUGUCACUAAUGCAGAAGCAUUUGUCGUGCCGAGAUUCGAAGAUACGUGUGAUAGUCCCUGUGAUGGAAAUUCUAGUGAAAUGUGUGGAGGUGGAUGGCGGUUGAGUAUAUAUAGAAUAGGUCAUUUAAGAUAA